AUGUUAGGUGUCACUGUCUUCGCCACGCUCCUGGCCUGUGCCUCCAGCUGCGGGGUCCCCACCUUCCAGCCCAACCUAUCAGCCCGAGUGGUGGGAGGAGACAGUGCCAGGCCCCACAGCUGGCCCUGGCAGAUCUCUCUCCAGUACCUCAAGAAUGGCAAAUGGAGACAUACAUGCGGCGGCACCUUGAUUGCCAAUAACUACGUCCUCACAGCUGCCCAUUGCAUCAGCAACACCCUGACCUACCGUGUGGCCCUGGGGAAGAACAACCUGGUGGUGGAGGAUGAGGAAGGCUCCGUGUUUGCAAAUGUGGACUCCAUCAUUGUCCAUGAGAAGUGGAACUCCCUCCUGGUGCGCAACGACAUCGCUCUCAUCAAGCUGGCGGAGCCCGCGCAACUGAGCAACACGAUCCAGGUGGCCUGCCUGCCGGAGGUGGACUCCCUGCUGUCUCAAGACUACCCCUGCUACGUCACAGGCUGGGGCCGCCUCUGGACCAACGGCCCCAUUGCCGACGAGCUACAGCAGGGCCUACAGCGCGUGGUGGAUCACGCCACGUGCACCCAGAAAGACUGGUGGGGCAACAUGGUGAAGGACACGAUGGUGUGUGCGGGGGGUGACGGUGUCAUCUCAGCUUGCAACGGGGACUCGGGCGGCCCACUGAACUGCCAGGCUGAGAACGGUUUCUGGGAGUUGCGGGGCAUCGUCAGCUUCGGCUCUGGGCUGGGCUGCAACACUCUGAAGAAGCCCACGGUCUUCACCCGCGUGUCCGCCUACAUCGACUGGAUCAACGAGGUGGGUGCCUGUCUCCAAGCCCUUCUUCCUGCCCCUCCUUGCCCUUCCCCUACUCACCUGCUCCUUUGCCCACCCGUUCACCCGUUCACUCGUGUGCUUACACGUUCACACACCCAUUCGGGAGGCCCCGAGUGCUGA